AUGAGUUCUACAGUAAAAAGAAAGCAAUUUUCGUUAGAAGAGAAGAAAAACAUAAUUUCUGAAGUAGACAAAGGAUUGAAGAAAGGCGAGGUGGCAAAAAAGAAAAGGAUGCGUAAGGCACAAUUUGAAGACGUUGAUACGGUGGUUUACAAAUGGUUUCAAGAGGUUCGUUCCAGAAAUGUUCCUCUGACCGGUUCUUUAAUUCGAGAAAAAGCAUUAGAAUUUACUAAAAUGCUCGGAGUUGAGAAUUUCCAAGCAAGUGUCGGAUGGUUAAAUCGUUUCCGUGAGCGUUAUGGUGUGUUGUCCAAAUGCAUUUCUGGAGAGGCGAGUGACGUGCCGAUGAAUUCUGUUAACGAAUGGCGAAACGGAGAAGUUGCUGCACUCAUCAAGGAAUACAGCCCUAACGAUGUCUUUAAUGCGAAUGAAGCUGGAGUGUUUUUUCAGCUUGAACCAAAAAGGAUAUUAGCCCAGAAAGGAGACGAGUGUGUAGGGGGUAAAGCUUCCAAACAACGCAUCACUGCUCUUUUCUGUUGUAACAAAUCGGGAACGGAGAAACGAAAAAUCCUUAUCAUUGGCAAAUCCGCAAAACCUCUUUGUUUUAAAAACUAUUUUAAUACAGAAAUGAAAAAGAAGAAGAGGAAAAUUCUUCUUCUUAUCGACAACUGUAGUCCACAUAAUAAACCACCAAAAUUGGAUAACAUUCAUAUGGAAUAUUUCCCACCUAACUGCACAGCUGUUCUUCAACCUCUUGACGAAGGUAUCAUCAGAGCUGUAAAAUCACCCUACAGAACUUUUUUGUUACGUCAAAUUUUAUGCGAUUUGGAGAAAAAUAUCCAAAGAAAAUGCAAUGUGAAGGAAGCUAUCGAAUGGAUAUGCGGAGCUUGGGAUGAUAUCAGUCAAUCAACAAUAACUAACUGUUGGAAACAUACAACCACAACCAAAGACACAAAUUCUGUUUCAGAAGUGGCCGAAUAUGAUGAAUCAAAUACGCACGACAUCCAACAAUCUGAGUUAGAGCAAAUUUAG